AGACAGAUGGGGAGCAGUGGCAAGGAGGGUCUCCUGCCUCAGCUGAGCCAGCAGGACCAAGAUGCAGACCUCCUGGACCACACAGAUGCUACCAGGCCCCCAGUGGCCUCCCCAGAGGGGCCCCCACUGGAGGGGGACAAGCAGUCGCCCAGCACCGGGCAGGGUCCCUUCUUCUACAUCGGAGGCACCAACGGGGCGUCCAUAAUCAGUGCCUACUGCAGGAGCAAAGGCUGGCAGCGCACGCAGGACAGCCGGCGCGAGGACUGCAAGCUCACGUGGUGUGAGAUCAAGUGCCGGGACAGCUACUGCAGCUUCCGGGAAGGCCAGCAGCUGCUCUUCCAGCUCCCCAACAACAAGCUGCUCACGACCAAGAUCGGGCUGCUCACUGCCCUGCGGGAGCACRCACGCGCACUGAGCAAGGCCAACAAGGUGCCCCCGGGCGGCCAGGCCAAGGCUCUGAAAAUGGAAGAUUUUUUCCCAGAGACCUACCGUCUGGACGUCAAGGAUGAGAGACAGACCUUUGUCACCCUGUUUGAUGAAACCCAGAUAUGGAUCUGCAAGCCCACGGCCUCCAACCAGGGCAAGGGCAUCUUUCUGAUCAGGAGCCAGGAGGAGGUCAACGCCCUGCAGGCCAAGGCCCAGAGCCUGGAGGACGACUCCAUCUACCGCAAGAUGCCCUUUCGGGCACCUCAGGCGCGGGUGGUGCAGAGGUACAUCCAGAACCCGCUGCUGCUGGACGGGAAGAAGUUUGACGUGCGCUCCUACCUGCUCAUCGCCUGUGCCGUGCCCUACAUGGUGUUCUUUGGCCACGGCUAUGCCCGCCUCACCCUCAGCCUCUACGACCCCCAUUCCAGUGACCUCAGUGGCCACUUGACCAACCAGUUCAUGCAGAAGAAAAGCCCCUUGUACGUGCUACUGAAGGAGGACACGGUGUGGAGCAUGGACCACCUCAACAGCUACAUCAACGACAAGUUCCGGAAGACCAAGGGACUCCCCCGAGACUGGGUCUUCACCACCUUCACGAGGCGGAUGCAGCAGAUCAUGGCCCACUGCUUCCUGGCAGUCAAGUCAAAGCUGGAGUGUAAACUGGGGUACUUCGACCUCAUUGGCUGUGACUUCCUGAUUGAUGAGAACUUCAAGGUGUGGCUCCUGGAAAUGAACUCCAACCCUGCCCUGCACACCAACUGUGAAGUCCUGAAGGAGGUCAUCCCUGGCGUGGUCAUGGAAACCUUGGACCUGGCGCUUGAGACCUUCCAGAAGAGCUUACGGAGUCAGAGGAUGAUGCCCCUGCUGUCGCAGCGCCGCUUCGUGCUCCUGCACAACGGCGAGGCGGACCUGUGGCCGCGCCUGGGGGGCUCGCGCACCUUCCCGCGCCGGCCACCACCGCCCCGGCCACUCUGCGAGGCCGCGUCCUCCGCGCCCCCCGCGCCGCGCGCCGCAGACAGGCCAGGCGCGCGCAGGCCCGCGCCUCCCCGGGGCGCGCCCGGACGGCCCCUCUCCGCCCCGCGCCGUCCCCGGCCGCCCGGCCUCGGCGCGGGCUCUGCCGGCACCCCAGGCGAGGAGACCGCGGCCCCCGGCCCCGAGCGGCCGCGCGGGGACAGCAGGGACCCGGCGCGGGAGCCCUCCCCGGAGCCGCCGGAGGAGGAGCGCCCGGAGCGGAGGAGCGCGAGCCACCGCGGCUCCUAG